CUGGGAGCACAGGAAGGCUUCAUAUCUUACCAUCACAUCUUUUUCUUCCACCAAGACAUUUCCACGGCACCAUGAGAAGCACCCAUACACGGCUGAGCGUGUCUGCGGGCAGCACCAGCAGGGUGCGUGUGCAGAGCCCCUCACCCGCCCGCUGCAGGGCGUCCUCCUUCACCCGUGGUGGCCCAGGCAGCCUGGGAGGCGCUGUCGAGCUGGGCACCGAGAUCCACUGGCACGGCACCAACGAGAAGGAGACGAUGCAGGAGUUGAACGUUCGCUUCGCUGGCUACAUCGAGAAGGUGCAAGUACUGGAGCAGCGGAAUGCAUCUCUACGCGCCCAUCUGGCCACCCUGCGGGGCCAGCAGAAGGGGGGACCCACCGGCAUCGGCCAAGAGUAUGACCGCAAGUUCAGCGAGAUGAGAGCCCAGAUCGAGACCCUGACCAGCGAAAAGGGGGCUGCAGAUAUCGAAAGGGGCUACUAUGUGGAGGAGGUGGAGAUGUGGAGGCUGAAGCUUGAGGAGGAGCUGGCCCUCAAAGAGGAAGCGGAGAGAAUCCUCAAAGAGUUCCGUCGAGACGUGGACAAUGCCACCCUGGAGAAGGCUGAUCUGGAGAGCCGCGUGGAGGAGCUGGUGGCAGAGAUCGAGUUCCUGAAGAAGCUGCAUGACGAGGAGGUGGCCGACCUCAGGAAACAGAUUCAGGACUCCAAGGUAUCAACAGAACUGGACUCGGAGCGGCCCGACCUGGCCGGCUACCUGCGCAACGUGCGGGCAGAGAUGGAGCAGGUGACGUCACGCAAUGUGCAGGAGGCCGAGAAGUGGUACAAGGGCAAGUUUGACACGCUCAGAGAACGUGCCGGCAAGAACGAUGAAAAGGUGCAAUCGAUGAAGGAAGAGAUCCACACCUUCCACAACCAAAUCAUGGACCUCCAGAACCAAAUCGAUGCAAUGCGAGCCCGCAAUGCAGCCCUGGAACAGCAGCUGGACGACAUGGAAGCCAGUCACCUGGACAAGGCUUCCAAUCUGCAGAACAUCAUUAUCCAGCUCGAGACCCAGAUCUGCGAAACCAAGAUUGAGAUGAGCAAAUACCUCCAGGAUUACAAGGAGCUACUAAAUAUUAAGCUGAAGCUGGAUGCAGAGAUAGCCACCUACAAGAAGCUGCUGGAAAGCGAGGAGAAACGGCUGGGGAUUUCCUCAGAGAAAAUAAAUGAAUAGUGCCACUUUGUGGUGGUUUUGUGGUACUGCACUAUAAAUUUAUGUUUGGCCGGUAGGUGUUUUUUUAUCAGCUAUGACAAUAUUUGUCUUGCUUUUGCAGCACAUUUCCAAUGCAAGUGUGCCCCGUAAAUGCUGCCUUCCAGUUAGCAAGGUCAGUCCACAACAUGACAGUGAAAGCUACACCAAAACUCACCAUUUCAAGGUCAAACUCACUAACUACGUGAGCAUACACAUUGUCUUUUUACUGAUUGACUAAUAACUCCAUUAACUGCCAUAUUAAUCAAAACUGAAGCAAUGCAGACAGCUGGAGAAUCUCAAUAGUGUAGGACUGGGAAUUAGAAGGAAAUGUUGUUUUGAGAGAAUAGUUGGAACCUUGAACAUUGUCGAAAAUGAUUUGCAGUGCCCCAGUUACAGGAAAUUUUCUGUAAACUCCCACUGCUUUUAAAGCAUGAAUGUAACCCUUCUUCUGAAGUCUUUGCAGAAUAAAGGUAAUUCUCUAGUCUUCUUCUGUGGAGAAGACCCCUCCAGCCCUCAAACACUGAAAGAACUGCCUAUAAUGAUCAGUCAACUAGUUCUCACUCCACUGUCCCCUUCUCCUUGUCGGACAGAGAUGUCAUCCUGCUUUUCUGUCCAUACAGCUGACAGUGAACUGCGAGAUAUCACUCCCAACAAAGCCAAAUGUAAAAAUUCACAAGCACAUUUACUUCGCAUACAGCAGGCACUGCGCCUGUGAUCCCCCAAUAAAGCUCGGCUUGUCCGCAUGGGUC